GUGCAGUCUAGUGACGUUUUCAUGUCUGGCGCUGACGAGAGAGACAUAGAGACAGCCAGACAGACAGAGACAGAGACAGACGGAAGUGGCGUGCGUCUUCCCCCCCAUGCCAGCACUGAUACACUGAGACACGGAGGUGCGAGACAGCAUGGCGAGCGUGACGGUGCCCGUUAGAGACGUGAGCGCUCUGCAGUGCGGGAUGAAGCGCGCGUGCAGGGAACGACUUGAGGAUGCGCCGAUAAAGAAGCGUGUGAUGGCAGAGAUGAAGAUGCGGCGCAGGGUGAAGCGCGAGGACAUGGAGAGCGAUAAAGCCCUCGACCUGAGCCCGGGGCUCAAACACACUCUGGCUCAGUUCACGCUGAGCAGCCGGAGCUCGCUCGGCGGCCCGGCCGCUUUCUCGGCACGCUCCGACGCGAGCUCGCCGCAGGCCGCGGCGCCGCCUCUUCCUUCGCCGUCCAUCCUGGGGGCGGGGCCUCUGUUGGUGCCAAGCGACCGGUCGACGGAGCUGACGCAGGCGGUGCUGGAGGGCGAGUCGAUCUCCAGCUUUGUCGUGGGCGGAGAGAAGCGCCUGUGCCUGCCGCAGGUUUUGAACUCGGUGCUGCGAGACUUCACGCUGCAGCAGAUUAACGCCGUGUGCGACGAGCUGUACGUCUACUGCGCCCGCUGUGACGCCGACCAGCUGCACGUCCUCAAAGUGCUCGGCAUCCUGCCGUUUAACGCCCCCUCAUGCGGCCUCAUCACUCUCACCGACGCUCAGCGGCUCUGUAACGCGCUGCUCCGCCCCGGGUCCGCCCACAGCCACGCCCAGCCUGGUGUGAAAGCGUCAGCGGUUAACGGCCAGUAUGGCUUCCAGGUGGAGCACCAGUGCCUGGGGAAGUGCCGCGGCGUGUUCGUGCCGCAGUUCUACGUGCGUGCAGACGCUCCCUGCGUGCAGUGUGUGGAGUGCCAGUUGCUGUUCUCGCCUCGGAACUUCGUCAUGCACUCGCACCGCACGCCCGACAAGCGCACCUGCCACUGGGGCUUCGACUCCGCCCGCUGGCCGCGCUACCUGCACCUGAGCCGCCGCUACGAGGGCAGCGCGGACGAGACGAGACUCGGUGCCCUGCUGGACCAGAUGAAGGAGAAGUUUCACCUGAAGACAGACACGCCUCCAGACCGGGUUGUGGAUGAUGCCGUCACUUUAAAGAAGUCCGAUCCUUCAGCUGAUCAGGGUUUCCUGGCCUUCACUCGUCUGUGUCCUGACAUUAAACAGGAACCUCCUGCCCCGGUCCAUCCCAGCUACUACCUGUACCCGUAUGAUAAGAUGAUCGCCCCCAACGUGUCCCUGCAGAAGAGCGGUGACGGUGAUGGAUCGGACUCCCUGGGAACCUUGCUGAAACAGCACUACAGCCGGAGAACACACGACGUCUAUGCAACAGCUCCGUCCGUCGUCGAGGAAACGAAACGUCACCGCGGCGAUGAAUCUCGUCCGCCCCCUGCAGCCGUCUCCAUGGAAACAGAGGGGAAGGAAGAGGACGAUAAGGAGCAGCUGGUGUUUGAGAUGGUCCACAUGUACAACAGUCAGCAAGAGAAGCUGAACGCUACGCUGCACACGCAGAGGGAGCUCGAGACGGAGCUGCAGGUGGUGUGUGACGGCGAGGCGGAGCGAUGGAGGCGUUUGUGUGUGGAGCAGAGUGAGCUGCAGAGCGAGCUGGAGGCGGUGCACACUGAGCAUGCUCAGAAACUGGGGCGGGUUCAGCAGGAGCAGAGGGAGCUGGAGCGGAGACUGGAACAGGUCCGGCACACACACACACACUGCAGCUGCCACAGCCAGGAGGAGCAGUACACCACCCAGCUGUGUGAUCUGAGAGUGAGACUGGAGCGUGCGGAGGCAGAGAGACAGGAGCUGCAGGACGAACUGAGGAGAGAGAGAGACGCUCGGGAGAAACUGGAGCUGCUCAUCUCUCAGCUUCAGCAGCAGAUCACCAGCUCGACCAAUCACAGCCCUCGGAGCGUCUCAUCAGCCAGUCACAGCCCUCAGAGCCAACACACACACUCACCUGCAACCACACACAGCGGCGACGAGUCAUCCUAAACACACACACACACACUCCGAGUUGAGGACUGGUUUAUACUUCAACCUUCUAUUAUUAUUAUUAUUAUUAUUAUUAUGUUGAUGUUGAGAUUUACUCUAUUAGUGUGUGAGCUGUCAAGCGCACACACACACACACACACACACAGACAGUGCUAACAGUGACAUAAAGAUUCACGUUAACAUUCUCCGUAAAAAAUAUGUUGAUUAACUAUUAACCAUAAAUAAUCAGUAAUUAAAACUUUAUUAAAUAGUUUUUUUUCACAGGCUGCAUCCUGUUCUGUUCAUAUUUAUUUCAUCUAUUAUUAUUAUUAUUAUUAUUAUUAUUCACAAAUCACUGACUCAGCGUUAUACACACACACACACACAAGUGCGCCACUCCAGGAGUAUAAAAGGGCGGGGCCCUGCAGCACAACCGAUGAUUGUGAUGAUGGAUCUUCAUCUUUCUUCAUACUGGUAGCAGCAACACACAAACACACACGCGCAUGCUAACAUGCGCUAGUAACUAACACUGGAGUUAAACACCAUCCUGCGCGGUGUGACUGAAGGACGAGCGUCUCCACACAACUUCACAGAUAAUCCUAAUAAUACGUUUAUUAUUCAUAUUUAUAAUAAUCUCACUUUAUUUAUGGUCGUUUCAUCUCACCUCCUCCUGUCCCGAUCCAUUAUUUCACUCGUAUUUAAACUUUUCUGACAUUUUUGUGGGUUUUUUUUUUUUCUUUUUGAUCUUCAGAUUUUUACCCACGUGGUGUAAAUAUCGUUUUGUCCACGAGGUGGCGCUGUUUGGUUGGUUUGAUGGUUUCAGUCCUGCAUGAGAAUGGAACAUAAUUCACGACGCUGCACUCCUACCUCAUGUUGACGAAGAGAAAUCUAUUAAAAACAAUAAAAAACAUUUUAUAUAUAAAGAUAAAAAAUAUUUACAGGCUAGAAGUGUGUGUGUGUGCGCGCGCAUCUGAUGUAAAUAGGGCUUGUACAGAUGAUGAGCUUGAAAUAAAUUAAACUUCUUUAGAGUUUA